UGCUGCUUUUGAGGGAAGGGUUGCUGCUGCUGUGGUGCAAAAAGAAGGAGGGAGACGGAGGUGCGACGUGGAAAGGCAGAGCGGCUCUCAGGUCCUAUGAGUGAAACAAAUGAAAUCCAGCGACACAAUGAGAGCAGACGGUCCGCUUUCAGUCGGAUCAGACACCGGAAUGAAGCCUCUCAGCAAUCAGCAGAAGCACAUCUGUUAGGAAGAAAGUCGUCGCCAUGGACGGUGGGCUGAGCGUUACUUUUAUAUCUGUUGCGAUGUUUGUAGGAUCCUUUUUACUUGGAUUCAUCCCGCUGUUGUUCAGACUCUCUGAGAAAAGCCUGCAGUUUGUCUCCAUCCUGGGUGCAGGUCUGCUGUGUGGGACAGCACUUGCCAUCACCAUCCCUGAGGGGGUGGGCUUACUGGAGAAGUCGUGGAGAGAAUCCUCCUCCUCCUCUGAUGAGCUGUCCGGUCUGAAUGCCAGUGAAAAAAAUACAACAUCCACAGAGAGAGGCCUUCCACCCCGGUUCUUCAUCGGGGUUGCUUUAACUUUGGGGUUCACCUUCAUGUUUGUUGUCGAUCAGAUUGGAAGCUACUGUUUUAUGCGCGACCAAAGGUCUAGUUUGCCCAACAGUGUCCACAUCACAGCCACAGUGGGACUGGUUAUUCAUGCCGCAGUUGAUGGAUUUGCUCUGGGUGCUGCUGUGGCCACUGGUCAAGUGACCGUACAAGUCAUUGUAUUUUUAGCUGUGAUUCUACACAAGGCUCCCGCUGCUUUCGGUUUGGUCUCGUUUCUGAUGCAUGCAGGCCUUGAAAAGAAAUACAUUCAGGGACAUUUACUGGCCUUUUCAGCCGCAGCACCUAUACUCGCUAUCACCACUUACUUCACAUUACAUGUGUCUGGCAGCUCAUCGGAGAACCAGCUCAGUGCAACAGGUGUGGGAAUGCUCUUCUCAGCUGGGACUUUCCUCUAUGUGGCCACAGUGCAUGUUCUCCCUGAGGUCAGCAGCAGCAAGACAAGCCAACCCUCCUCUGACCAGCAGCAGCACGAUGGAGCUGAGACCCACCAGCAGCGACAACUGGGGUUGCUGGAGAGCCUCACUCUCAUCCUUGGUGUGGGGGUUCCAAUGGUGUUGGCCCUGGGGCUGCAGGAUGAUUAAGAAGGGAACCUUGGGGCAAUUAGGUUUAGUGCAAAGGCAUAAUGCAACCAGAUCUCAAUGGUGAAUUGUCUAACACUACACUGUACUGUAUAAACUAUAUGUAAAGCACAAUGAUUAAGAAAUGAAAUGUUCCUUGGAAGGAAGUUUACCUUAUUGUGUUAUGAUAUCAGCGAAACCUGCCUUUGAAUCCACUGGUAUUGUUUGUUCCCAGUAGUGACCUUGGUGUACUGAGUUUGAGUUUCAAGAAAACAAAAAGGGUGUCAUUUGUUGUCAUGGCACUCUGAGGACAUGCCAUGUUUAGAGGUGAAAUCCCAGAAACUGGAUAGAUUUACAGGAACAACUGAAUAAUUUGAUACUAUCUCUUAGACAAUAGGACAUCUAGGCCAUACACUUUAGUCUCAUUUGUUUGCACAGUUGGGAGUCUGAAAGCAGAUUUUCAGUUUAUCGAUGUGCAGUAGUACAAAUGACCAAAAUGUGAAAAUUUUGUGCAACUCUAGAAUUAGUUUUAUAGUUGUGAUGCAAAGAGUUGUUUUUUUUUUCAGAUUAACUGAGAAAGUGUUGUGGGUUUGUAAUGUAACAUCUUCAGGAACACAUAGAAAGUCAAGCACCUGUACAUCUGUUACAGUGGACAUAAGAAGUAUUCACCCCCUUUGAAGAUUUCCUCUUUUAUUGCUUUUAAAUUGACCAUGAUUCAGCACUGAAUCACGGUUAAUUUAAUUAGGCUUUUUAGACAAGAAUUUAACAAAAUAGAGUAUUUUAUGUCAAUGUGAAAACAAGUUUCUACAAAGAAAUGAAAUAGAAAACCUGUGAAGCAUGGAGGUGGCAUCACGAUGUGGGGAUAAUUCUCAGUAGCAGGAUGUAAAGUGCAUUCAGCAAAGUGAAGGGAAAUCUUCAUGGACAAAAGCUACAGUCUGCAAGACAACUCCAACUUGGAAGAAGAAUUCUUGGAAGAAUUGCAGCUAAAUGUGAGUUUACUAAAAAAUGACUUGAGGAGGUAAACACUUAUGCAAUCAUCAAUUUUUAAAUAUUUUAUGUCUUUAUUUAAAUUUUUGACUUUGAUAUGAAUCUUUUUUUGUAAAUUCUUGUCGAAAAAUAUAAUAUUGAGCAUUAUUAAGUGGUGAAAAGCAAUAAAAAGAGAAAACUUCCAACUAGGUGAAUACUUGUUAUAGGCACUAUAAAAGACACGUCAACCAGAAAGAAACAGCCAGCUCACAGGAGGUAUUUCACAUACCUGGUAAUCAAAUGAAAUUCAAUCCACAUAUGUUUCACUGAGUUUUUACCUGUGACACUUUAGGAUCAUCUAACCUUUACCAACUCCUGAAGUUUUUCUUUAUUUCCUCCUUAAUACAUGAAAUAAAAAACACUCUCGUGUUGCGAUGGCCUGUG